CAUCAUGCAGCAGAGAUGGGUUUGUUGCUGCUGCAGUGUCCUGUGUUUGGUUCCCCUAGGUUCUCGGUUAAUGGACAGUCCACCGGCUGGUGCAGCAGCGGCUGCCAGGGGAUUGUGGACACCGGAACGUCCCUGCUCACUGCCCCACAAGCCAUCUUCUCUCAGCUGAUGCAGGACAUAGGUGCUCAGCAGAACAGCUAUGGUGAGUACGAGGUGAGCUGCAGCAGCAUUAGCAGCAUGCCGACCAUCUCCUUCACUAUCAGUGGCACGAGCUUCCCGCUGAGCCCGUCUGCCUACGUGCUCCAG